GCGGAGCUGGGCCGCGCUGGUGGGUGCUGCCGGGCUGGGUGGUUGGAGCCAGCGGGGGCAAGGCCCCGGCGGUGCCGGGGGUGGGCAGGGCAGAUCCGAGGGCGUCCGCCCUGGGCCGUGGUGUUGCCUCUGGUCUCGGCUGUGCCGGUGGAAUUAAUGCUCCACAGAGCUGUUGGUGGGAGGGCCGUGAGCAGGGUGAGCCCCAGUACCUGCCUGGGUCAAGCGAGGUGCGUGGCUCUGCCGGAACCUCACCCUGUGGCUCUGAUGCUGUCUGCAGGCAAGCGCGGAGCACAGUCCUUCCCUGUCCCUGGCAGUGUGGGCAGGUUGGCCGCCUGCCCUGUGGGCUCCCUGCUUAGCAGCCACCAGCUGUUGUGGGCAAGGAAAUGUCUGUGAUUGGAGAUGGCAGCCUGAGGGACGGGGGAGCCAGCUGGGUGAGGAAGUGCUGUGUGUUUGGAGGCAACCCCAAGACCUGCUGCUGGCUGGGCAUUUUGCCUUAUAACACACUGACAGUAUGGGGACAGGUGCUACCCAAAGGCUGCACAGCAGGAAGUUGUUACUCAGCUUUGCACCUAAUGUGUUUCAGAGGAAAACUCUUGACAGCGUGAGGGGGAAAUGCAGGGAAGAGAGUGGCACUGGGGUUUGUGUCACCUUUUGACUCAGAUUGACAACAUCCCAUCUUCCCUUUAAUAGGGUACAGGAAACAUGGGGUGCACUGAUGGGUCUGGUGUCCUUGUGUCCAGUUGCUUCCAGCCUUGGCAUCAGCCCCACACUCAUUUGGAGGGGCAGAGGGGAGACCCUGGCUCCUUUGAACAGCCCAUCUGGAUAAUGCAGCUUCUGCCUUUACACUCCCUGCUGCUGCCCAGGGGCUGUGCAGCCAGCGUGGCUGCACAGGGAGCUGGUCCCUGCUGGAAGGACCCUGAGUUGUGACACCACUGCCUGGCACCACACCAAGGCAGGUGCUUGGACCAGGCUCAAAACGUGCCUCAGCAGGACCCCGGGGCAGCCUCGCUGCUUAAUAUUGAUGGGCACUGCCUGCCCAGAGGUCUGGGGGCCCCAGCCCUGCAGAUCAUUUUCCCAGCUGCUGGGACAGCUCGGGUUCCUCCUUGCUCCCAGUGCAGCUCUCAGGUGGGACAAGGGGUUCAGUGAGCAGGGGAGCACCGCGCAGCAUCGCCUGGGCCUGAGGCUGCUCCUGGGCCGCUUCAUCGCUGGUGUGUGGCAUUAUGCAAGGUGGACCCAGGCGUGCUGUGGCAGGGAUGAGGAGCCGGCAGCAGAUGUUUGCAGCGGUGAUGCGCCUGCUCCUCAAGUGCCUGCGGCUGGGCCGGCGGCGGCGGUUUAAGCUGGUGCGGCAGGCGGAGCAGCUGUGGCAUUACGGGCACCUCUGCCUCCGCUCCCUGCUCUACAACUCCUUCACCAACGGCGACGUGGUGCUCGACUCCCUCUUUGAGCCCAUCUACUGGCUGGUGGACCACGUCACACGGUGGUUUGGCGUGGUGUUUGUGGCACUGGUGAUUGGGCUGACGAGCUCUAUUGUGGCCAUUGUGUACAUCUGUCUGCUGCCCCUCAUCCUGCAGACCUACACGCCUGCCUGGAUCUGCUGGCACCUUGCCUAUGGACACUGGAACCUUGUCAUGAUCGUCUUCCACUACUACAAGGCCAUCACCACCUCACCUGGGCACCCACCACAGGCCAAGGACAACCUCACCGGCAUCUCCAUCUGCAGGAAGUGCAUUGCCCCCAAGCCAGCUCGCACCCACCACUGCAGCAUCUGCAACAGGUGCGUGCUGAAGAUGGACCACCACUGCCCCUGGCUGAACAACUGCGUGGGACACUACAACCACCGCUACUUCUUCUCCUUCUGCCUGUUCAUGACCAUGGGCUGCAUCUACUGCAGCAUCAGCGGCUGGGAGAUGUUCCGGGAUGCCUAUGCAGCCAUCGAGAGAAUGAAACUGCUUGACAAGGAGAGACUGCAGGUGGCUGCCAACCAGACCUACUACCAGACCCCACCACCCACCUUCUCCUUCCGCCAGCGAGCUUUCCACAAGAGCAUCGUCUACCUCUGGGUCCUGUGCAGCUCGGUUGCACUGGCCCUGGGUGCCCUCACGCUGUGGCAUGCUGCCCUCAUCACCCGCGGGGAGACCAGCAUCGAGCGGCACAUCAACAAGAAGGAGAGGCAGCGACUGCAGAAGAAAGGCAAGGUCUUCAGGAACCCCUACAGUUACGGAGGCUGGGAUAACUGGAAGGUGUUCCUGGGCGUGGACCUGCCAAGGCACUGGCUCACCCGUGUCCUGCUGCCCUCUCCUCACCUGCCCCAUGGGACAGGCCUGAGCUGGGACCUGCCACUUUGCGUGAUGAAGCAUCGCACGCCGCUCCUGACCAUCUGAGGCCUGGCUGCUGCAGAUCUCCCUCCCCACAGGCAGGGGAGCACACAGGGGACCUGCUCCACCACCACUGCUCCCUUUGGCCCAAGUGCCAAGGUGAGUGCUGGGAUGUAUGGCUGACAAGAGCCACAGGAAACAUUGGGCAGUGUCAGUGGCUGGAUGCCUGCUCUAGGCUCCUUGGUGGCUGCAGGCAGCGCCAGAGGGAGGUGGCAGAGCUGCUGCUCCUUCCUCUAGCACAAGGUGCUGCCCUCACUAGCACAGGUACUGCCCAGCUUGCUCUCCAGCAGGGCUGGGUGCAGAGGAUGGCACUCCCACCCCUUCGCUCACUCCCAGGGAGUCUUUUUAAGAUCAUCCAAUAAAUAAUUCUUUCUUUUUAA